CAUGUCGCCCCGUGUUUGUCACCCCCUAUAUAUUAAGAGCUGAUAACAACUCCCAAAUACUUGGCACAUACAUAAGACAAGAUCAAUUCUGCCACCUAAAAUCCCCUUUGCUCUCUUUUGCUUCUUUGCCCUAAAACUUUAUCAAUGGCUCGUCGUAGCUCCGGCGGAAGAUCUGCUCGUCCAGCUCCCCGAGCUGCACCAGCUCGCCCCGCUCCAGUCAACCAUGCUCCUCCUCCGGCUAAUGUUCAGAGUGGCGGUGGAUCUAUGCUUAGUGGUAUUGGUUCAACCAUAGCUCAAGGUAUGGCUUUUGGCACUGGAAGUGCAGUGGCACAUAGGGCUGUGGACGCCGUUAUGGGUCCUCGCACUAUUCAACAUGAAACUGUAGCUAGUGAGGCUGCUGCUGCUGCUGCCCCUGCACCAACUGCCAGCUCUUUUGGUGGUGAUGCAUGCAAUAUUCAUUCAAAGGCUUUCCAGGAUUGCCUGAACAAUUACGGAAGUGAGAUUAGCAAGUGUCAGUUUUACUUGGAUAUGCUAUCAGAAUGCAGAAAGAACUCUGGAUCCUCAUUGAGCAUGUAACUGCCUUUGGCAUUUUUUGGAGUAUGCAUGUGUACUCUCUCUAAGAUGCUUACAACUAGGGAAAGAAAUUAAUUCAAUAAAUUCUAUUUAACUGGUGACAAACUUUUAAAGUUGCGUCGAACUAUUGUUUAAUUUUUUAUUGAUACUUGACAGUUGAUUAGUCUCAAAUUUGUCUUUUGUUUUAUUUUUGAUUGAUGCUUAAAAGUUGUUUAGUCUCAAA